UUUUGCGUGCGAAACCAGAGGUAGGCAGAGCAGUGAGGCCAUCAUCACUCAAAGACUUGGGGAAGAAGACCGCGACCAUUCCUUUCCUCCAAAUAGGAGCGCCGUGCUUUGACAUUAAGACUCGCCCUCUCUCGCCCUCCACCGAGGAGAUCCGUGCACCGCCAUGGAUGGCUUCUCCUCCCACCCUCCUCGUUUCUUCGAGUGGCUCAAGCCUCCAUCCUCCUCUCCUCCGCCUUCUCCGGUUCGGCAGAAGGCCGUCAAAGAGGAAGACAAGGCGAGUAAGGAUACCGUCGCUCUGCGUAUCGGAUUGUCUCCUGCGUGGGGAGGCGUCUUCGUGGAGGAGGAGGAGGAGGAGAAGAAGAAGAAGAAGGUGGAGGAGCUGUGCGCUGUGGACAGCGGGAGUAAGUACUGGAUCCCAACACCGGAUCAGAUCCUCACAGGCCCAGUGCAGUUCUCUUGCUCCGUCUGCACCAAAUCCUUCAAUAGGUACAACAAUCUGCAGAUGCAUAUGUGGGGGCACGGAUCAGAGUACAGAAAGGGGCCAGAGUCUCUCAAAGGGACGCAGCCAAUGGCGAUGCUGAAGCUCCCAUGCUACUGCUGUGCUCAUGGGUGCAAGAACAACAUCAACCACCCCAGAGCGAAGCCACUGAAGGACUUCAGGACCCUCCAAACGCACUACAAGAGGAAGCACGGGGUGAAGCCCUUCAUGUGCAGGAAAUGUAGGAAGGCCUUUGCGGUGAGGGGAGACUGGAGAACCCAUGAGAAGAACUGUGGGAAGUUGUGGUCUUGCACUUGUGGGUCUGACUUCAAACACAAGCGGUCACUGAAUGACCAUAUCAGGUCAUUUGGCAAGGGCCACUCUCACUACCUUCCUUCGAAGAUUCCUCAAGGACAGCAGACAUGCAUUAUAAGGUUCGACAAUGGAGAUCUCAUGUGCAAGUAUGAAGCUUCCUGACAUGCCAAGCUGAUCAGAUCUCGUAGCAAACAACAUAGAAGGAGCCGAAGAAGAGGAUGAGCAGUAGUAUAAUAAUACCAUUAGGUGGUUUGUUCAUGUGAUGAAUAAGACAGAUAGAGAGAGAGAGAGAGAGAGAGAGAGAGAGAGAGAGAGAGAGAGUAUUAUCUCAGAAAAAGACUAUGAAGUAGGUGAAUUUUCUUCAUCUCAGUGCCAUGGCACCUAAGAAAGAGAUCAUUUGUAAUCUUCCUGAUGGAGAAAAUUUCCCAACUUCAUGGAUACCUUAAUUUCUAAAGGGAGGAAUAUUUCUUGUUUGCUUC